CUGGACCCAUUCUUUUCCCUCUCGGAUUCGCUGCUCGCCUCUGCUCCUGACUCCCGAGGUUCCUCCUCACGCGCCCGGGCAUUUGCCGUCGAGAGGUCAAUCACAAGUCUUCAGCUCGAAGAGGAGCGCGCGAUGCGAAUGGGGGCGGAGGCCGCCGCCGCCGCCGCCUCCGCCGAGGGCCUGCUCCGGUCGCGGAUCCCGUUCCAGACCGACGGGGAGCUCGUCCUCCCGCCGCGAGGGGCGGGGCUCGUACUCGUCGACCUCUGCAACGGCUUCUGCACCGUCGGCGCCGGGAACCUCGCUCCUGUUGCACCAAACAAGCAGAUUGAAAAGAUGGUGGGAGAGGCCGCUAGGCUCUCUAAGGUGUUCUGUGACAGAAACUGGCCAAUCUUCGCGUUUCUUGAUACCCACUAUACAGAUAAGCCGGAACCACCAUAUCCCCCUCAUUGUAUCAUUGGUACUGGGGAGGAGAAUUUUGUUCCAGAUUUGGAGUGGUUGGAAAAGGAGCCAAAUGUGACUGUAAAGAGGAAAAGUUGUAUUGAUGGGUACAUCAGCUGCAUAGAGAAGGAUGGAUCCAGUGUUUUUGCUGAUUGGAUUGGAAAAUACCAAAUCAAAACUGUCUUGGUGCUCGGAAUAUGCACAGACAUCUGUGUUUUGGACUUUGCAAGCUCAACUCUGGCUGCUCGAAAUAUUGAUCGAGUGCCUCCACUACAAGAUGUUGUGAUUUAUUCAGAGGGGUGUGCUACAUAUGACCUUCCUGUUGAGGUUGCUACGAAUAUCAAAGGAGCUCUUGCCCAUCCACAGGAUCUUAUGCAUCAUAUCGGACUCUACAUGGCCAAAGGAAGAGGUGCCAAGAUAGUUGACAGGGUUGUUGUUGAACCUUGAUUAAGAAACGUGCCCUUGUCAUACUGAUGUUGCUAGUGUUUGCUCUGUCCUCUCAUCCUUCCAAUGUAACAAUCAGACAGUAUACAUCUUAGCAUGAAGUUGAGAAACAAUGUAAAGAUAGAGGUAAAUUUACCUUCGAAUCUGUAAAGAUACGCUCAUUUUGUCGUUUUGCUGUACGUAUUAUCUUCAUAGUUUCCCAAGUUGUCCUGCCAAACAUGCGCCAGUUUGAUAUGGAAUGUGUUUUCUCAUUGGUUGCUAAUGUUCA